AUGAGCGAAGUUCAAGAUCAGAGCGUGGGGUCACAAACCCGGUUGACCAAUCAUGCCGAAAAAGAGCUCGACAUCAUCAUUCAAAGCCCAGAGCGUGAGAAUGACGGUGACUCGAACUCCAAAGACAAAGACCAAGAGCCAAUCAAUCGGGAUGCUCAGGAGGGUGUUCAAUACAUGGAGGCGGUGGCCUCUGUAUGGACCAAAACCUCGCUAAUCACGGCCUAUGGAACCGCUAUCGGAACUUUGACGCCUUUUGUGACAUCUACUUUCGGCAAACAUUCACUUACGCCUACCGUUACGGUCCUCGCCAGCAUCAUCCUCGACAUUUGGGGACGGCACACCGGCAUCGUGAUCUCCAUAGUGCUAACUGAGAUGGGCUUUAUCAUGAUGGCUGCUUGUCGCUCCAUUGACCAGUAUGCCGCUGCUGAAAUCUUUUGGCAGGUCGGCCACUCCUGUUUGCUGUAUACUGUUCAAAUAAUCAUCGCCGAUGCACCUUCGUUAAAGAGCCGUGGCCUUAUGGUCGCUUAUGCUGGCUCACCGAGUCUUAUUACUACUUGGGCAGCUGGUCCAAUCUCACAGGCUUUUCUCCAUGGACCGGGCUGGCCUUGGGCCUUUGGGACAUUUGCGAUUUUGACACCCAUCGUCGUUCUCCCACUCAUUGUCCUUUUUCAACGAACACCUUUCCAAUACAUUCUACACUACCUCCGCGAAUUUGACGCCGUUGGUCUUCUCCUUUUAACUGCGGGAUUGGCAAUGUUCCUUCUACCAUUCAGCAUUCAUACUUACCAACGGGACGGAUGGCGAUCUCCUCUCAUCAUCUGUCUACUUGUUUUUGGGUUUGCUCUAGUCUUUGUGUUUGUGGCAUGGGAAAGUCGGCCUUAUGUCAAUCUCUUCCUCGGACUUCCUUUGACUAUUCUUGCCCUGGGUCUGACGUACUAUUUCUCCGCUCCUGGUUGGCAUUGCGGUUACUUCAUCUUUACACAAAUCAUGCUGUCGAUUGGCCACGCAUUUAUCAUACUCUGCGACGAAGUCGCUGCCAUGUCUGCGGUGUCACACCAAUAUGUCGCUGUCGUCCUAGCUAUGGAGGGAUUGUCUUCGAGCAUCGGUGGCGCUAUUAGUUCUACUCUAUCUGCCGCUAUCUGGACGUCUGUUUUCCCCAAAGCGCUUGCCAAACACCUUCCUGCGAAAGAUCUACCCGAUCUCGAGAAGAUAUAUGGUAGUUUGACUACGUAGCUGAGCUUUCCGAUCGGAUCAGACACGCGUAUCGCUAUCCAGGCCGAAAAAGUUGCUGAUUCCGGCGAUCGCUGUUUGGAUCAUUGGCAUAGUUGCAGUUGUUGCCUGACGGGACGUUAAUUUAAAGAAUAUCAAGCAAGUCAAGGGAAAUGUUAUUUGAUCCCAAAAAGCUCUUUGAUUUUAGGACUAGGGUUUGUUGAAUGUUCACUCAUUGUGCAGUCGUCAUAGACUAUUAUGGUUGAGCAUAUGUUGAGGAAUAGAUGAAUCAUUACUCUUAGUUAGUGUAGUACUAGUUCAAGGGUAUGAUUUAAUACAUGAUGUAACGAUUUCACGACUGAUGACACUUGUUGUUAGCUAGUAGGUUCGAGCAUUAUAUAAAGCAU